UGUAGGGUUUUAGGCGAUGGCGCUCCUGGAUCGCUACGAGGUCGCCUCCACUGCGGCUCACAUCCAGCAGCACGGAUUCUCGCGCGUCGGUCUCCAGUUUCCGGAUAAUCUUCUCGCCGACAGCGUCGCCGUGACGAGCGCAUUGCAAAGCGCUUGCGGUCCUGGCGUGAGAUUCUUUAUCAUGGCGGACACCACGUUUGGCAGCUGCUGUGUUGACGAGGUCGCGGCCGCUCACGUCAAUGCCGAUUGCGUCGUUCACUAUGGCCCGGCUUGCCUUAGCCCUGUGACCAAUCUUCCUGCCUACUUUGUGUUCUUAAGAACUCCUUUGGAUAUAAAUACGUGUGGAGAAGUCGUAGCUGACCUUGUUGCUAAAGACGAACGUCUACUGGUUCUCUAUGAUCUUGAGUACGCGCACGCGAUUCCAGAGCUGCGAGAAACAGUCCGACAGGAGGCUCCAGAGAACUCAGGCCUGACUUUUGCAGAAAUUAUUGGCAGGGAACUAAAUCCUUGCAAGUGUGACAAAGAGCCAAUACUCGAUAACGAUGAACAUUCAAUAGGUGGCUUGAAAUGGAAAGGAUCAACGCCGACCAAGAUUCUGUGGAUUGGAAAGGAAGGCCCGGCAUUGAUAAACGUGAUGCUCACGUACAACUCUGCUGCCACAGUGAGAUAUGAUCCUGCGAGCGGUGAGCAAACUAGCAUGUCCAGUCAGAGCUCGACUUUGUGGCGAAGGUACUAUUUAAUCGAGCGUGCCAAGGAUGCAAACAUUGUCGGCAUAGUUGUGGGAACACUCGGGGUUGCCGGCUAUAAGCAAGCUAUACAGAAUGUAAAGCAGAUGGUGAAGAGCGCAGGGAAAAAGUCAUACACUCUUGCAGUCGGGAAGCCAAAUCCUGCAAAGCUUGCAAACUUUCCCGAGUGUGAUGUGUUUGUCCUUAUAGCAUGUCCCCAGACGGCGUUAGUAGACAACAAGGAGUUCUUUGCUCCUCUUCUCACCACAUUCGAAGCUCAACUGGCAUUUGUGAGGGGCAAACAAUGGACUGGCUCGUACUCCCUCGAUUUUCGAGACGUCCAGCUGCCAGCUGAUCCGCAAGACUCCACCACGGAAGAAGAGCCACGCUUCUCGUUUAUAAGCGGUGGCUAUGUUUCCUCAAGAACUGCGGUUGACAACAAGGACGAGGAAAGCAGCGGCGAUCUUGUCCUGGUGGGCAGUGACUCCUCGUCGAUUGGAACUCUUUCGACUGUCGGGAAAUCACCAGGAACUAGAACCGCGGCGGAUUUUUUCGCAUCCAGAAGCUUUCAAGGUCUGGAAUUGGAAGCCAAGAGCACGAAAGUUUCCAAAGACGGCGAUUUGAGAGCAGUGACAGGACGAAAAGGGCGAGCCGCAGUGUACGAAGAUGAGCAAUAGGAGUUACACUUUUCCUCGAUCUCGGGGAGAUCCAAUCCCGACCGCUCGUGUGGGGAACGGACGGUCGUGAUACUUUUUAUAAUGGUAUUCCAUGGUAGUACACGUGAUGGCA